CAAAGACAGGAAUAGAAAGUACGAAAGAACAGGUGACUGGUUAUAUAAAACCCUGAAGUUGAAGUUGUUUGUUCUGUACAUCCCUUAAUACAGACAAACCAAAUAAUAGUUUGUUUAUUAUAAAUAAAAAGUAGCAGAUAAUACUGAAGCGAAACUAAAAUCACAAUUUAACCACUUUGCAUCAUUAUUUAUCUUUCAUAGGCCUGCUUUCUUGUCAUUUAAAGACGUAUGCUACGUGUACCCCGCGCGCAAGUACGCACGCGAGCUCGCGCCCUCCCUCUCUCCGCACUCUCACUCAUUCACUCUCUCUCCGUCUGCACACACACGCUUCUUCACUUUUCGUGGGAGAAGGGGAGAGAGAAAGAGAGAGACCGAGAGAGAGUGUCAUUUUAAGUCUCUCUCUGCUCUCUCCGCUUUCGGUACUCAUAUCCACUUUUCUGAUUCAAUGGGACUUUAGCGUUAGGCGUUCAAUAAUAAAUAAAAUAUUUAUUUCCCAUACUAUUAUUUUUAGUUAAUUAUUGUAAAUAAAAAACAAGUGUGAGCUAUUUCAAGGUGGUAGUUUUUAUUUUUUCACCUCACAGGAAGUUCAGUCGAAAGUACAUCGACUGACUUUCUGUGAGACAGGGACACUUAACUUAUAAUAUCAGAACUUGACAGCCACAGUUAGACGCCAAACACCUUCAGACAGUAUGGAUAUUCAAGAAUGCUUAUUUCGGAAAAAGCGAAGACCCUGGCUCGUGGACCUUUCAUCUGUCACCUUGGUAACUGUGGCGCUGGUACUGUGUCACGCGACCGUGACCCAUGCAGACCCAGUGGACGUACUGCGCGUGCUGCAGUUCCCCUCCCUCCCUGAGGGGGUGCGCAAAGUGCCAGGAUUCUGUACCUCACGUCGGUCCAGCUCCCCCGACCAGGCCUUCCGUGUCACCAAGAAGGCGCAGAUCUCUGCCCCCACGAAGCAGCUCUUCUCAGGCCACUUCCCAGAGAACUUCUCCAUCAUGGCACUGGUGAAGGCCCAGUCAGGUCUCCAGGCUUUCCUGCUGUCGAUCUACAGUGAGCAGGGCGUGCAGCAGCUGGGCGUGGAGCUGGGCCGCUCCCCCAUCUUCCUGUAUGAGGACCAAUUACGGAAGCCUGCCCCGGAGGACUACCCACUCUUCAAGGGCAUCAACCUGGCUGACGGCAAGUGGCACCGCAUAGCUAUUUCUGUGCAGAAGAAGAAUGUGACAUUGAUCCUGGACUGCAAGAAGCGCAUGACCAAGCCCCUGCUACGCAGUGAUAAGCCUGUACUGGAUGUCAAAGGCAUCACUGUAUUUGGGGCCCGCCUGCACGACGAGGGGGUUUUCCAGGGAGACAUCCAGCAGCUGCUGAUCGCGUCCAACCCUCAGGCUGCUUAUGACUUCUGUGAGCACUACAGCCCCGACUGCGACUCACCACUGCCCAAGACUCAGUCGCAGGACCCCAACGCAUACGAUGACUAUGAAUACCCUUAUUACGAAGAUUCCACCGGCAAACCCUUCUCUCCGUCAUCCCCCCCUCCCUCGCUCGAGAAGGUCCCCUCUGAGCAGGAUAUAGAUCCUUCCCAAACAGAGGCUGACCACACUCCCACAGAGACGGAUUAUUAUUACACCUUAGAGGAGGAGGAGACAGCCCCAGACAGUGAGGUGACUGGACAGGAAGUCCCCAUGUCAAAGGUGGACGAGACAGUGGUGGCACAGGAUGUAGAUUUGGCCAAGUCAGGUGUGUCUCAGUCACCGGAUGAGGUCUUCACCGAAGAGUAUGUGACCGGAGACGGGGGCAUGAAGGAAUACGACUAUUCCUACAAGGACUUCAUCGACCCCGUCCGUGAUGGCAAUGGCGGCACCUCUGAUAGCGACAUCGGCCCCGCGCUGUCCGCUGUGACGGACGAGGGAGGCGCCUCAGUACGAGCCCAGAAAGGAGAAAAAGGAGAACCUGCAGUUCUGGAACCCGGUAUGCUAAUCGAAGGGCCCCCCGGACCAGAGGGACCAGCAGGUCUUCCCGGCCCCCCCGGCUCCCCCGGUCAUCAGGGUUCCUUUGGCGAUCCCGGAGAAAGGGGGCCCCCUGGACGGCCCGGUCUGCCCGGAGCUGACGGAGUCCCUGGCCCCCCCGGAACGUCUCUCAUGUUACCCUUCCGAUUUGGCAGUGGUGGAGGUGACAAGGGACCCGUCGUCUCAGCGCAGGAGGCACAAGUCCAAGCUGUUCUGUCACAGGCCAGGCUCGCACUAAAAGGUCCUCCUGGACCCAUGGGAUACACUGGCCGCCCAGGACCCCUGGGAACCCCUGGAAGUUCUGGCUUCAAAGGUGAAUCUGGAGAUCCAGGCCCUCAGGGUCCCAGAGGACCACCGGGCUUAUCCGGACCCCCUGGCAAAUCUGGACGAAGGGGUCGUGCUGGAGCUGACGGUGCCAGAGGAAUGCCAGGUGAAUCUGGACCUAAGGGUGAUCGAGGUUUUGACGGCCUUCCUGGGUUGCCUGGAGACAAAGGGCACAGGGGAGAAACUGGAGGAAUGGGAUCUCCAGGCCCAUCUGGAGAGGAUGGAGAGAGGGGUGAUGAUGGAGAGGUUGGACCCAGGGGGCUUCCAGGUGAACCAGGACCUCGUGGUUUACUGGGACCUAAAGGUCCUUCUGGACUUCCUGGACCUUCUGGUGUUAGAGGCAAUGAUGGCCCCCAUGGUCCAAAAGGAAAUCUGGGUCCCCAAGGAGAGCCAGGCCCCCCAGGGCAGCAGGGAGGCCCAGGAACGCAGGGAAUGUCGGGACCCCAGGGAGCCAUCGGACCCCCGGGGGAGAAGGGUCCCACGGGAAAGCCAGGUCUGCCUGGAAUGCCUGGAGCUGAUGGGCCUCCCGGUCACCCAGGAAAAGAGGGUCCAUCUGGCACUAAAGGGAACAUGGGUCCUAUUGGCCCCCAGGGUUCUAUUGGUUAUCCUGGUCCCCGUGGUGUCAAGGGUGGCCAAGGUAUCCGUGGACUGAAGGGACAUAAGGGAGAGAAGGGUGAAGAUGGAUUUACUGGGAUCAAGGGGGAUUUUGGUGUGAAAGGAGACAGAGGAGAGAUUGGUGUGUCUGGCCCCCGAGGAGAGGAUGGUCCUGAGGGGCCCAAAGGUCGUGUGGGGCCACCUGGUGAGCUUGGGCCCAUUGGACUUGUUGGAGAGAAGGGUAAACUUGGUGUUCCUGGGCUGCCCGGAUACCCUGGACGGCAAGGACUCAAGGGGUCCCUCGGUUUCCCAGGAUUCCCUGGGGCAAACGGCGAGAAGGGCACAAGGGGCCUGUCUGGAAAGGCUGGGCCAAGAGGCCAAAGAGGACCAACGGGGCCAAGAGGCCAACGGGGGCCACGUGGGUCGACAGGAAAAGCAGGACCAAAGGGUACUUCAGGAAGUGAUGGCCCUCCUGGUCCUCCCGGGGAGAGGGGACUACCUGGACCUCAAGGAGUGAAUGGGUUCCCUGGAUCUAAGGGGCCUCCUGGACCAGCAGGAAAAGAUGGACUCCCUGGACACCCUGGACAGAGAGGAGAAGUCGGUUUCCAAGGAAAGACUGGCCCCCCCGGACCUCCUGGGGUUGUUGGCCCUCAGGGACCCUCUGGAGAGACUGGCCAAAUGGGCGAGCGCGGCCACCCCGGCCCUCCAGGGCCUCCAGGCGAACAGGGCCUUCCUGGGCCUUCAGGGAAGGAGGGAACCAAGGGUGACCCUGGUCCCCCUGGGCCUACAGGCAAGGAUGGCCCCUCUGGACUAAGAGGUUUCCCAGGAGAGAGGGGACUUCCUGGCACCCCGGGAGGUGGAGGUCUCAAAGGAGGUGAAGGUCCAGCCGGACCACCUGGACCAGCUGGUUCACCAGGUGAGAGAGGCUCUGCCGGUACUGGGGGUCCCAUCGGGCCCCCAGGAAGGCCUGGCCCCCAGGGUCCUCCUGGCCCCGCAGGGGAGAAGGGAGUUCCUGGUGAAAAAGGUCCGAUUGGUCCUGCUGGUCGUGAUGGUAUUCAAGGCCCAGUGGGACUUCCGGGUCCUGCUGGACCAUCUGGAGUACCUGGAGAAGAUGGAGACAAGGGUGAGGUCGGAGAGCAUGGCCAAAAAGGUGCCAAAGGUGACAAGGGAGAUCACGGUCCUCCUGGUCCUUCAGGGCCUAUGGGUUCAGUUGGUCAGCCAGGAGCUGCUGGUGCUGAUGGAGAGACAGGAGCCCGGGGCCAGCAGGGGCCCUUCGGAGCCAAGGGAGACGAGGGGACGAGGGGAUUCCCGGGGCCCCCGGGACCAAUAGGCCUGCAGGGAUUGCCAGGGCCUUCGGGAGAGAAAGGAGAGACAGGAGAUGGGGGACCAAUGGGACCUCCAGGGCCGCCUGGUCCCCGUGGUCCUGCGGGCCCCAGUGGUGCAGAUGGUCCCCAAGGCCCUCCGGGUGGAUUGGGUAACCCUGGCAACGUAGGCGAGAAAGGAGAACCUGGGGAAUCUGGACCACCAGGAGUACCAGGGGAGGCAGGAAAGAAAGGUCCUCGUGGAGAGCGUGGAGAGAAGGGAGAGGCUGGACAUCCAGGAACCCCCGGUCCUGCAGGUGGAAGAGGCCCAACUGGAGACGAUGGUCCGAAAGGAAACCCAGGCCCUGUUGGUUUCCCUGGUGAUCCUGGCCCUACUGGUGAAGUCGGACCGAGAGGUCAAGAUGGAGCAAAGGGAGAGAGAGGGGAGGAUGGUGAACAAGGAGAGCCGGGCUCUCCUGGGCCCACUGGUGAAAACGGACCUCCUGGUCCUCCUGGAAAGAGGGGUCCCUUGGGAACAAGAGGCCCUGAGGGACGUCAAGGCGAGAAGGGCAGCAAGGGAGACUCAGGUGCCAUCGGCGCCCCCGGAAAGACAGGCCCCGUGGGGCCACAAGGCCCCUCAGGAAAACCAGGGCCAGAGGGUCUGAGGGGACUCCCAGGAGCUGUGGGCGAACAAGGUGCUCCAGGACCAUCAGGACAAACAGGCCCCCCAGGACCCAUGGGACCCCCGGGGUUGCUUGGCCUGCGCGGUGACCCAGGGGCGAAGGGCGAGAAGGGCCACGUGGGUCUGAUUGGUCUCAUCGGGCCCGGAGGAGAGCAAGGAGAGAAGGGUGACAGGGGUCUUCCAGGGCCCCAAGGGACAACUGGACCAAAGGGAGAAACUGGAAUCCCUGGAGGCACUGGUCCGUUGGGUCCCACCGGACCCCCUGGUCUUCCUGGUCCUCAAGGUCUGAAGGGUGCUAAAGGUGCUACAGGAUCAGCUGGACCCAAAGGCGAGAAAGGUGUCCAGGGCCCCCCAGGACCCCCAGGCCCCCCUGGGGAAGUCAUCCAGCCCCUGCCCAUCCAGAUCCCUAAGAAGUCCAAGCGCUCCAUCGACGCCAGCCAAAUCCCCGCCGACUCGCCCGGCGACGACUUCCCGCCGGGAAGCGAAGGCAUGGAGGAGAUCUUCGGCUCGCUGAACUCCUUGCGGCAGGAGAUCGAGACGAUGCGCUUCCCGCUGGGCACUCAGGACAGCCCCGCUCGCACCUGUCAGGACCUCAAGCUGAGCCAGCCAGACUACAAAGAUGGCGAAUACUGGAUUGAUCCGAACCAGGGCUGCUCUCGUGACUCCUUCAAAGUGUUCUGCAAUUUCACCGCUGGUGGCGAGACCUGCCUGUACCCCAGCAAGAGCAGCGACUCGGUAAAGAUGGACAUUUGGCCUAAGGAGACUCCUGGCUCUUGGUACAGCCAGUUUGCAACAGGCAGCAAAUUUUCCUACGUAGAUUCCAACGGGGAGCCUGUGGGUGUGGUGCAGCUGGGUUUCAUCCGCCUCCUGAGCGUCCAGGCCCGACAGAACCUCACCUACCACUGCCACCGCUCUGUGGCCUGGGCUGACCGCACUGCCAAAGAUGGCCACAAGAGGGCUCUGCAAUUCCUGGGGGCCGACGAAAAGGAAUUGGGCUAUGAGACGAGCCCUUACAUCAAGGCCCUCAUUGAUGGCUGCUCUUAUCGCAAGGGUUUUGACAGGACGGUGCUGGAGGUAAACACACCCCAGGUGGAACAGCUCCCCCUGUUGGACAUCAAGAUCUCAGACUUUGGGGAGAAAAACCAACAAUUUGGCUUUGAAGUUGGACCUGUCUGUUUCCUGGGUUAAAACACACAUAUUUACACAGUCAUACAUUCAUUUACACUGAUGCACACGGGAACACCAAGGUAGGCAAAUACAUGCACUACAAUCAGACACAGACACUCAUUGAGAUCCUACUAACAUGAAAGGUAAAGGACGCAUUAACACUCAGUCAUGUGCUCACUCAGAAGUCAACAACCAGGAAAAUCUUCUAACACGAGAUGGACAACAGAAGAAGAGAAACGUAGAACAAAAGUACACUCUCGUGCUGUGGAGAGUAGAGAUCUACCUUAAGGAAGGGAAAUAGCAUUCCGACCAAAACAGAAUAAAACAGUGUUUUAAUUGAGCAGCUGACGCCAAAGUUUUAACUUCGAGAAAGCCCUGAUAUUGGAUAUACUUCUCACUACUCCCUUUGUUUUGCUGUUUCUCUCUCAAAUUGUCACCCUAACCCCUUUCCCCACGUCUCUCCAUCUCUCACUUAAAGUCUUCCUUUACCUCACUUCCUGUCUUGCUUGACAGAAAGGUAUACUGAGAAAAGCUUGGGAGUUAACAGAGUUACACUGUUUCAAAAGUAGAGACCGAAAGAACAGAGUCGAUCCAAAAAUAUGAAGAGGAACCACACAGUCUGAAGACCAAACUGAUGGAACAGAAGCUCACGCGCUGGAAUUCCUUCACACUCCCACGUCUUCCAUCUGUGAAUAUUAUGUUCAUUGAUGUCUGGCUACAGCUGGCUUUACUCAGUAUUAUACAGCUUCACCACAUAUUACUAAAGCCAAUCAGUCAGCCAUAUUGCUAAAGGUGACAGUUCAUACUACAGGGAACAAGAAGACAGGAGAGAAAACUGUGAGGACUUACUCAGCUUACUUAAACUUGAGGUGCGACACCAAACGGCUAUCAGCCUCCGUGAGCUGUUUCAAAGAAUACAGUCUUUAACAGGAAUAUCUUAGGGACAAUAUGGCCGCUUCUCGUGUCAGUAUUGUAGCAUGCUUGGGUGCUGUACAUGCAUUCGCAGUAAGAGAUGGUAACACAGCUUUGUGUAAAUACUGCAGAACCAAAGCUAUUUAGCCUUGCAAAUUGUACCAGAUAUUAAUGUUUUGUACAUGUGCUACAAAGAAUUAAAACCAUCACUGUCAAGAACCGGUCACUAUUUUAACAAGCUAACUUUUCUUGCGCUAAAACAAUUUUGGCUUAUGGAGUGAUACAGUCAGGACAGUUUUAGUUCAGAUUACAUUUUUGUAACAUGCUUGUUGACAUAGUGCCUCGUUUUAGGAUCAAAACAUAUCAGAUUUAAUGUGGGUAUGGACUCCAUAUGGGGUGUGAGUUGUCAAAAGCGAUAAUUACAUGCAUGUGAUCAAAUACUGUAACGUUUGGAGAUUCACAGAUCUAAGUGUAAAACUUGCAAUGAUCAGUUUUCUGACUGGAGUUGUGCAUUACAAACAUAUGUACAGAAAUACUAUUUUAUUUAUUUAAAAAUACAGGGUGCUUAAAACUCCAACUAAAUAUGGCAGUAAAUGUGGUAUUUCCUCUUUAUUUAUUUCAUUCAAUUUUCUCUCGCCUUCCAGAUCAAAUACGUAUAUUAAAAAUGAGGCCACAGUGGACUAUGCACGGUGACCGCUGUUUUAAGUUCGAAUGUGUACACUGCACUGUGUACUAUUUCGUUUGUCGUUAUCGUGACGAUUAAACGAUGGCGUUCUGCUCCUCUCAUUUCUCAUUGUUAACCAAGUGCUUGGGCUGUGGUCUGGCCCAGCAGCUUAGUGGGAGGGAUGUGGAGAGACCAGGUGGGGGGGGGGGGGGGGCCGCUUCUUUAAAACUCCUGGGAAAAGCAGGGAACAGCAUGUGAGAGAAAAAUAAAUGAAAGGGAGCUUAUGUGGGAUCAGUCUGGGGGGGCUGUUUAUGGGCAAAUAAAUGGCUUUGGGAAAUGUUUCUUCUUUUUAUUUGUUGCUUUAUUGGGGUGGGGAAGGGGGAGGGACAAUAUUGAAAACCUUGGUGCUCAAAAACUGUUUGUAAUUCUCAAAGGUAUAUCACCGUUAAGAUCUGUUUGUGUUUUGUAAGACCAACGGCUACGUUUAGACAAAAUAUGGUGCUGAAAAAGGAAAAGAAGUAUUUUAUAAUGUGUGUAAUUAUUUGGGAAAAUGUUUCUGUAAUAUAUAAUCUUUUUAAAGAGUU